AUGACCCCCAACACAGUAAAUUUCCAACAGGGCAUCUGGAAUUCAGGACCCAGAACCCAAGGCCCCAUUCCUUUCUUUCAUACAGCAGCCCACCAAAACCUGGCCUCGAAGAUCUUCUGUUUGUGCUGCAAAUGCUGUGAGGAACCCAGUGCCACAGAUGACUCCAAGGUCCCCAGUCAAACCCAAGAGCUUCAGCCAUCAAAGCGUGGUCUGCAGAAGGAUGAGCUUGACAGACAAAAUCUCAAGCAAGAUAAUGAAGCGUCCCGCGUAAUUUUGGGAAAAUGCCUGCUCCAUCCAGAAAAGAGAACAUCCUAUUUCAGCAGCAGUGAGUUUGAGGAUGUGAAUUCACAUGUUUCCAAAAGAGGAUUUCACAAGAGAAACCUAAGCCGCUACUCCCAGGAUCGCUGGCCGUACCAGCCAUGCCUCAUUGGGAGACCCUGA